UGUAUGCGAGAUACAUAUAUGUAUAUGUAUGACGUACGCGACGUUUUGUGGUUCCAAAACAUGGAUUUUCUUUAUUACAUUUUCAGUUAAAUGAUUAUCGGUUACUGUUUUGUUUUGGGGAAGGAGACAUUGAAUUUUGUUCGUAUUAUAAGAAAAUCACAAAAUUCAAUACAAUGAUCGUCUUUUUUGCAUUAUGAAAAUGGGGAAAGUGUAUGUGGUAUAGUAGAUCUGCCAUGAUAGAUCCGAACGCGUCUUCGUCUUAUUCCAAAAAAGUCAAAAAUUGCUAGCAAAAUGCGUGAUUUUUGUUAUCAGGAGAGCUUCUUAAAGUGAUAGUACAGAUUUGCAGAAUGGUGGUGGAUUGCUUAUCCAUUCAAAGCUCAGCAGCUAUAAUACGGAAGCAGGAGCGAAGAUUAGGUGGGUUAGUGGGUGCCAAAAUGCAACCAAACAAUGUUGGUAGUUGCGGUGGUAUGACACCCAAAGAACUUUCAGACAAUGAUGACCUAGCUACUUCUCUCGUGCUAGAUCCUUAUCUAGGAUUUACCACUCAUAAAAUGAAUAUCAGAUACAGGCCAUUAAAAGCAAAUAAAGAUGAACUUCGUAAAAUUAUUUGUGAAUUUAUUCAAACUCAGAAUUAUGAAAAAACAUAUAAAAAGUUAAUGGGUGGUGAUUGGGGUGCAAGACUUCCUCACACAAAAUCUAAACAGCAACAGUUAAAUUUGGAAAAACAUAUUUACCGAUAUUUGAAAGUCUUUGACAAAGAUUCUGGAUUCGCAAUAGAACCAUGCUAUAGGUAUAGUCUUGAAGGUCAAAAGGGUGCCAAAAUAUGUGCGACUAGAAAAUGGUUAAAACAUGAUAAAAUAUCUUGCCUUGUUGGUUGCAUAGCAGAACUCAGCGAAAAGGAAGAAGCAGCAUUACUACACCCUGGAAAAAAUGACUUUUCCGUUAUGUUCAGUUGUCGAAAAAAUUGUGCACAGUUAUGGUUAGGACCAGCAGCAUAUAUUAAUCAUGAUUGCAGAGCUAAUUGCAAGUUUGUAGCAACCGGACGAGAUACAGCUUGUGUUAAGGUUCUUAGAGAUAUUGAAGUAGGAGAAGAAAUUACUUGUUUUUACGGAGAAGAUUUUUUUGGCGAUGGCAAUUGUUAUUGCGAAUGUGAAACUUGCGAAAGGAGGGGAACCGGAGCGUUUGCAAAUCAAAAACCAGGCGAAGAACUUUCUUCUGGAUAUCGUUUAAGAGAAACGGACAAUCGUAUUAAUCGUACGAAACAUAGGCAACAACCACCAAAUCGCAAUAAGCAACAGGCUGAUACUGCACUUACGGAAAAAAAUGCAGUGCUUGUUGGAAAUGCUGCAGUAGCACCGCAAAGUCUUAGUAUGAAAGAAUUACGAAGAAAAGGAUUAACGAAAUAUGACGCAGAGUUACUAAUUGCACAAGGAUGCCGAUUCUCUGAUAUUGCUCAACAACAGCCUAUUAUAAACAACGGCGAGAAUGUAUUGCAAACAUCUCGACCUCACCCUUCUGCUAUCUCUAGUUCUGCUACAAGAAAUUUACGAAAUAAACAACUUUAUAAAUUCGAUAAUAACAAUGGCCAUCAGAAUAAUGUUAAUAAAAACAAUCACACGCUUCGAUCUUCCAGACUUCAUAAAAGAACAGAGUCAAAAAAGAAUAAAGUUUCCGAUAAAACUAGAUCUCCUUGUUUAAAUGGUUCCAUAACGAAAAAUGUUGAACUCCAAGAUAUAAGUCAUCGUAAAGAAGAUUCGGAUAGAGUAGAUGUUGCUGAGGAAAUUGUUUAUUCUAGAUUACAUAAGCCUCAUUCAGAGAGUCCUUUGAAUGAAGAAAUUCGUGAUCUUUGUCAUCAGGCUUCGCAUCAUGACAUAUUGAAACAAUCAGAUUGUUCUGACUUUCAAAGAGAGUGUUCGGCUACCUUUGUUGAAGAUAAUCGAGAACUGAAUAGCAAAUUGAUAAAUGAUAAAAAAAUACCUGAUAUUAUUAUAGAAAUUAAAUCUAACUCGGUAGGUAAUACGAAUACCUCGAAUUCUAAACAAGAACACUAUAGUACAAAUUCCUGUGAUUCAGUUCAUAUAAGUUCCACGCCUGAAACUCGAUUAGAUCAGUUACACGAAAUUAAUAAAAACGAAGUAAUUGCGCAAGAAAAUCAUCAACCAAGGACUUGUCAUCAUAAUUUGUCUUUGGUUAAAAAUUCCAAUGAUGUAAACAAUAUUUCUGCAACACCGAUAGAAUUAGAUAAUUGCGUUAAAACACCUUCGGAAUUCGAAAAUCAUAUUCCAGAAGAACGAACGGAAGAAAAUCAUGAAUGCGUGAAUAAGGAAUAUUCUUGCAUAAAUGAAAAAGAAGUAUCCUUAAUUCAUGUAAAAUCAUCUAAAAAUUCAAAUUAUAUAGAAAAUGAUAGAACGAUUUCUACUCUCGAUACAUACGAAUUAGAUAAAGAAUUUAAAAAAAAUGAUUAUAUAAGCUCAUCUAAUCUCACAAAAUAUUCGAUAGAAAAUGACGCGGAUAAAUUGAAAAAGUUUAUUUCGAACUCCAUCAAAACUUCAAACAGCAAUGAACAAAGGAAAGUAAAUUUUAUUAAGGAAAAUAUGGAGAUGAAAAAUAGCGAAAAAAGUUAUCAAAAUGAUUUACUUAAAAAUAACGUAUCUGUAGCAAAUGUUGAAAAUUGUUCUGAGUUGAAGUCUGCAACAACUGAAACGAUAGAUGAAUGUGUAACAGGUAUUGAUUCUCGGGUAAGUUCGUGUAAAGAAAGUAAUAAAAACUGUAGCACGAUCGAAACUAAUAAAUACAGUAGCAUCCUAAUUCAUGAUUUAAAAGAUAAUUCUAACACUAUUUUAAAACAACCUGUUCAAAAAAAUAUAACAUUAAGUACGACUUUGAGAUCCCAUAAAAGUAGGAAAAAACUUUUAUAUGAUAAAAAAUCCAUCACUUCUGGAUCGAAAGAGGAACCAGAAACUGUUACAGAACAGAAGAAAGCUGAUAGUAUAAUUGCAUCUGUUUCAAAGACAUCUCGUAACAAAGUUGAAAAAACGAAAAAUAGAAUAACACGAAAUCAGAAGAGAGAUCGAAAGAAAAUCGCAACCACUGAAAUUGGCAUGGCAGACGACGAUUCGGGUAUUCAAGGUGAUAUUUACGAGUUCAGUGAAAAGGAAAGUAACCUGGAGGAUAUUAGAAUACCAUCGAUAAUGAGACGAAACAAACAAGAAACUCGUCAUACGCUUGGGCUUACAUCGCAUUUACAAGAAAUGCAAUACAAUGACGAGUGCAAUAAAAUUGAGCCUCCAGUAUUAGUUCCACAAGAACCGUGGCCACCUACUAGUUGCAAUCAAAAUCAGUUAACAGAUUCAGAUCAAUCAGGGGAAAAUUCUGUCGAAAGUGGAGAGGAUUUGAAAAGAUUAUCAACAUGUAGUAGCGACAGUGCACAAAAAUCGACGAAUCUGUCGGAAUGUCAGUGGCAAAUGAAUAACUCCAACUGUCAAGUUUGUCCAAAUACUCCGGAAAGAACUGGCAGAUUAAAACUUACUCUCCGUAUGAAACGAUCUCCGGUUUUAGACGAUAUCGUAGAAUCGGGCACGAGUCUUAGCGAGGACAGUUAUGAACCCGAAUAUGAAGUAUUACGCGUCGAGGGUGUAGAAAGAAGUAGACGCAAGAAAAAACAUAAAACCCGUGAUCGCGAAAGACGGCAUAAGAAACGUGAACUAAAUCUCGAUCCCCCUCCGCCACCUAUGAAAAGAUUGCGCUUAAUUUUUGGCAAUGAAACACAUACCAUUGACUUUCCACAUUCUUAACAACUAUAAAAAAGAGUUUUCAACAAGUUAUAAAUAAAAUUUAGGUAUCUAUAAAAAAAAAAAAAAAAAAAGGAACAG